UUCCUUGAUAUUUACAAAGGUUUCAUUGUAUAAAUUGUUUGAGUGUUUUGAAGUUAAGUUUUUUGACAUUUUAGUAUUGUCAAAAACACAGUUCUCCAGGUGGGGCAUUUUCAGUGGACUUUGGCUCACCAUGUCAGAGGGAAACGGCAGCGCAGUGACUGAGUUUGACAUCGUGGGCUUCCCUGGACUCCACCCCGAGUACUACGGCCUGGCGUCCGCAGUCAUGUUCCUGGUGUACGUCUGCACUCUGCUGGGAAAUGCGGUCUUUCUCCUGCUGUUCGCCAAGGACCGCAGUCUCCACAAACCCAUGUACCUCAUCAUUCUGAACUUGGUCGUGCUGGACCUUCUGUUCAGCACCACCACUCUGCCCAAGAUCAUUGCCAGGUACUGGUUUCAGGCAGGAGCCAUUUCAUUCAUGGCCUGCUUCGUCCAGAUGUUCUUUGUGCACUAUUUCGGAACUAUAGUUUCCGUUAUACUGUUGUUGAUGGCUCUGGAUCGGUACGUGGCGAUAUGCCACCCUCUCAGGUACCCCAUGAUCAUGACGAACUUCAACCUGUGCGUUCUCUGCGCCACCGCCUGGACUAUCUCAAUGCCCGCUUGCCUGAUGAUGGUGAUCAGGGCCUACCCACUGCCUUACUGCGCCUCGAACAAGAUAGAGCAGUGCUACUGCGAUCACAUCGCAAUCACAACGCUGGCGUGCACCGACAGGGCUCCAUACGGCUUCCCGGCCUUCAUCCUCGCCAUGCUGGGGCUGCUGGGGCCCCUGGCCUUCAUCGUGUUCUCCUACGGCUCCAUCGUGGUGGCCGUGCUCCAGAUCGCCAGCACCGAGGGCCGCCUCAAAAUGCUGUCCACCUGCAGCGCCCAGCUCAUCAUCAUCGCCCUCUACUACCUGCCCCGGUGCUUCGUCUACCUGGCCAGCAACGUGGGCAUCAGGUUCAGCAAGGACCUGCGCAUCGUCAUCAUCAUGCUGUACAGCCUGCUCCCGCCCAUGAUAAACCCGCUCAUAUACUGCUUGAGGACUAAUGAAUUUAAAGUUAGCUUGGUAAAAAUAUUUAAGAGAGCUAAUGUUGAUGUUUUCAAAGGGGUGGCCUAGGGAACCAACACGAUGGCAAGAACACACAAAUUAUUUUUCUUAUUCUACACUGACAGUGCUGGUUAACCAGCCGUGCUUGUGCCUUGAAGUGUCCCUUGUGCAAGGAAAUGUCUCACAACGAUUAGAACUGACUUUGCUCUUGAAAACAUACAUCAUAUUUAAUCAGGGCUACUGAAUGCUCAUUCUGGUGGCAUAAGAAAGAAAGCAUAACCGUUUGGAGGAAAAGUUUUUUAGAAUACAGUUUGUUCACUGUCGUUUUAAAGCACGGUUGGUGUCCGCAUCUGUAGCAUUCGGUCCGGUGGAACGGAUUUUUUCUCGGUCGCGCCUGUUGGUGGAGAGAGCACACGCACCUGGGCCGCGUUAGCCAAUCAGCCCAGGUGCUUAAAGGUGUGUUCCUCUCCACAGUACGGGGCCUGAAACCGUGAGCACACACAGAGAGAGCGAGUCUGUUUGAGUUUCGUCUCUCCCCCAGGAAAAAUACGAAGAAAGAGAAUGGUCAGCUGAAACGUUGGCCAUCCGAGAAGAGCUUUCGCUGGGUUUUACUUCCUUUUGCCUCCGUUAUUUUAGUUUGUUGUUUUAAUUUAUUGUUUUCACCCGAAACCCGUGAGAGAGAAGGGUGAAUGUAUUUGUUUAUUUUAUUUUGUGUUGGUGUGGGUUCUCUCUCUCUCUCUCUCUCUCUCUCAUACACACGCACACACAGUCUCUCUUUCAGACUCUCUCUCUCUCUCUCUCUCUCUCUCAGGGGUGUCACACCAGUGUGUGACAGAAUCAUUAUGUGGGCAGAGCAAAACAAAAAAUGUUUAAUCCACCAUAUUGUACAUUAUAUGC